AUGUCUAGUGUCAUGAAUAGGCUUGAGGCCCAAAAUUCUGGAAAAUUGCCAUCUCAAACCGAGGUGAACCCCAAGAAGAAUGUGAGUGCUGUGACAUUAAGGAGUGGUAAGGAGCUUCUUGAUCAUGCAUCCGAAAAGAGCAAGGUUGUGGAAGAGAAGACAAGAGUUGAAGAUGAGGAGGUGGAGGUUCUUACUCCUUCCAAAGAGGUGGAAAAAGUGGUGAGUCCUAGCUCUCACCAAGAGAGGAAAAGUAAUGUUAAAGGAAAACAAACGGUUAAGGUUAGUGAACAUGUGUCCGCUGUUUUUCAAAAGAGAAUGCCAAAGAAAUGCGAUGAUCCGGGCAUGUUCACUAUUCCUAUAACUCUUGGUGAUACUAAGAUUGAUAGGGCCAUGUUAGAUUUAGGAGCCUCCAUCAAUGUGCUUCCUUAUUCUUUGUAUGAGUCUUUGACACUUGGUGAUUUGCUUCCUACCAAUGUUGUUAUCCAACUUGCGGAUAGAUCCACUUCCAUUCCUAGAGGUGUAGUUGAAGAUGUUCUUGUGGUAGUUGAUAAGUUGACUUUUCCUGCUGAUUUUUAUGUGAUUGAUAUGGAGCAUGAUAAGCAUUCGGCCCCUAUUCUUUUAGGAAGGCCGUUCUUGAAAACGGCUAAGACCAAGAUUGAUUGUGACACUGGUUCUUUGGCCAUGCAGUUUGAUGGUCAAAUCAUUGAGUUUAAUAUGUAUGAUGCCAUGAGGUACCCUAACAUUGAGGAUCACUCUCUCUGUGCCAUUGAUGUGUUUGAGCCAUGUGUUCAAGGUGUGUUCGAUGUCUUACGUGAUGAUGAUUUGCAAAGUGUUUUGGACUUUAGUUUGAAUGCUGAUUCUUUGGAGUUUUGUUUGCCAGAUAAUGUGCUUAAAAUUGUUGUUGAAUUGAAUGAGCUUUCCAAACUUCCUUUGAAUCCUUCAAACUAUAAGCCCAUGCCACUUACUGUGCCUAGCACAAGACCGCUUCCUUUUAUUGUGCAGGCCCCCGAUGUUGAGCUAAAAACUCUACCGGAGCAUUUGAAAUAUGUCUUCUUAGGUGAGAAAGAGACCUCGCCAGUUAUCAUUUCCAACAAGUUGACCUUGGAACAAGAGAGCAAGUUGGUGGAGGUGCUUAAGGAGCAUUCGACAGCGAUUGGGUGGUCAAUUGCCGACAUCCAUGGCAUUAGCCCAUCCACAUGUAUGCAUAGGAUCUUGUUGGAAGAUGAAGCUAAGCCGGUGAGCAACCUCAAAGGCGUUUGA